AUGCUCGUCGCAUGGCUUGUCGGAGUCGUGGUCGCUGGCGCGGUGCGCGGCUUCGACUUGGCCGCGUCGGUGCUGCAGCCGCCGCACAUACGCGCCGGCUCGGCCUACUCGCCGACGCACGCCAACUUUUCCAUCUUUCUCGGUGCCAACUUGUCGCUGGCCGACUUUGAUGCGACCAAGACGAUCUUUCGCAAUGUCUUGGCCGAUAUGAUGGCCGUCGACGCAGCGAAUGUGCGCUUCACGCACAUUGAGACGCCCAGCUUGGAGCGUACGUCGCGUGGCAGCGUUGUGCUGACGCUGGCGGUCGACUACCUCGUGCCGUACGCCUGUAGCAGCGUUGACGGUAGCGUCGUCGCCGCUUCACUAAACCUACGAGCCAACCUCUCGAUGCCCGAGGCAAGCGCGGCGUGCAACCUACUGCCAACGUGUAGCGGGCUCUGCGUCGCGGUCGGUCCGGCGGCAGUCGACUUUAGCGAGCAAUCCAAGCGCAUGCGCCAAGGCCUCGAGCUCGGCUAUGCGACGCAGACAGGCGAGUGGCUCACGCUAAGCGAGAUAGCCUCUUCUUACCACUUGUACCCGGACGGGACCCAUGCUUUGCAGCUCGAAUCGGGCUCGAGCGUCGCGCUAUUGCCCUCUGCUUACCUCGCCAUCGAUGUCGCCUUGCGUGAUGCAGACGGCGCCGAUGCCAUCGCCGUCGUCUUUGCGAUCGUCGCGUCGCUGCGUUCGAACGCGCUGCCGAUGCUAGCCAGCAACGUUCGCUCGCUCCCGCUGUCGCCGAUCCCGCUCGAAGUCUACGGCUUGGCCUCGGUGUCGCUCUUGCGACUCACAAUGACCGACGCCUCUGUUCUGCGGCGGUCGUCGAUCGGCGCGGUGGUGCAAACGGGCGCGUGGCGCGCGCUCUUGCCAGCCAACAUCUCGGUCGUCGCCGCUGAUGUCAACUUGGAUGCGUCGCAGCCGUUCGUGCAAAUGCCGGCGCCCGUGUACAGCCACCCGCUUUUGAUCCUCCGCACCGGCUGUGCGAUCGCGCUCACGGACCUCGAAGGCAACGCGUCGUCGUUCUUUGACAGCGUUGCACGGGCAUUGCCGUCGUCGCUCGGGCUGCAGACGGGCCUGUCCGACACGCGACCGCUUUUCGCUGACAUUUCGAUGGACGUCGACGCUUCCGUGCUGUCAAUCGUGCUGCCUCUCGUGGCCAAUACCGGCGCGCCGAGCCUUGACGACGCCUUUGUCAUGCGCCUCUCGCUUGCGUUCUGGAACACGCCUUUCUACUGCAAUUUGUUUCCGUCGGCGACGCUGGAGCUGCCAUCACCGCCGUUCCAGACGUCGUACGCGACCUUGGCACUGACGUUAGAGAUGCAUGCGCCGUUAAACCCCUUUGUGUUUUACCGACUCAAGCACGCGAUUUGGUCGCUCCUGUCGCCCCUCGAUCUCGGGUACGCGGACAUUACGGUGGGGAGUGCGUCGUCAACAGCGGCCUUGACGCGGAUGUACACCUUGUACAUUUACUACUACACGAUCGACCAGCAGCAAGCGCUGCCACCUCUCUUUGCAUCUGCGGCAUGGCCCGACGCCUUUACAGCGUCGGUUGGGGCGUGGGCCGUGUUGCAGUCGACGCAGCUGCAAGUGCCAACGUCUAGUGUAAUCGACACGACGACGUACCCGGGGUCCUUCUACACCCCACCAGCACCCAACGCUCGCAUUUCCCCCUUUACGAUCACGAGGGUGGGCUUUGUCCGGCCGUUGCAAACGCGCUUGUUUCGGUCGCUCACGUCGCCGAGCAAUGCGCCGACAUCGACCAGUGUCCUUGUCGCAGUCACUUCGGGCUUUGCGUAUAACGCAUUCUACCUCGAUGCGGUGAGCAUGGGCGCCAUUAACGUGACGUUAAACGAUUUCACGCCGCUCGGAGGACAAGUUGCACCAAUUAUCUUGGCCAACCGAACGACGCAGUGGGCAUUUCUGAAUGCAGACGCCUCUGCAUCAGCGAUGGCGUUUUGCGUGCAUCUCAAGCAAGUGUACGAUGUACUGCUACUCUCGAUGAGCGACGACGCGUUGACCGUGUGCGUCGACACGUCGACGGCGUCGACGCAAGUAUCGAUGCAAAACAACCGGCCAGACGUACUCGACGCAACGUACGCGAUCACCAACGCCUACACCGUGACGCUGACGCUCCGCGAUGUCUCGGCGCGUCAGCCUUAUGCCCCGAGCGCGGCUUGCCUCGGGUGUCAAAAUGCCUUCUUGCAAUGCCGCAGUGAGCCUACGUGUCGUCAGCUCAGCGCGUGCUUGUCCGCUACAUCUAUGCCAACGCCAUUGGAGCGGUUCACGUGGUCCCCGGCCUUCCUCACAGCGCUGCAGGCGGCGGGUGUCGGCAACUCGGCCGACCUGCUCCCGGCGUUUGCAUUUUGCCACAACACCACGGACGCGACACCCACGACAAUGGCGGCGUGGGCCAAGUAUGUGGCGGGAAUGCAGUGCCUCGGCGUGAACGCGUGUCCGCUCAACUGGCUCGGCGCACCCGACACGUCGAGUGUCUUCAGUGCUGUGACGUUCUCGGUGGCUUCAACCGUGGUGCGUGACACGGUGGCACUGUCGACGACGUUGACGCGCCUCGUUGUUUCCGUGGGGUCGACCAACUAUGCGUUCCCGAAUGUCUCAGCCUCGACCAACUUUUCGGUCCUGGCGUCGGUGGUGCAGGCAACAGUGUAUGCGGGUGUACCUUUGAAUGUCCGACCGACUGUCGACAUGACUUGGCUUGCCUCGCGUCAGGAGCUUCAAAUACAGUACACGGCGAUGCCGCCACUGGCGCUUCCGACGCUUGUGGAGCCGCUCAACGCGGUGCGCUCCGUGCUCUCGACCGGCAGCCUGCGCGUCAACGUCGUGCCCUACGACGCCUAUGCAUGGACACCGAGUCUCUCAAGCUCUUUGAUGUACGAUCCGCUGUGGACCGUGACGCAAUGCGCAACCGAUUUCAACCUCACGUCCAGCUUCCUCAGCGGCUCGGACUACCUCGGACACCUGGCGAUCGAGACCGAAGCCCAGAUCGAGCGACUCGUGGCGACCUUCUUACCGGCCACCGCGGUGACGUGCCUCGCUUCGAUUCCUGGCGUUGUCAUGAACGCGUCCGUGGAGUUGGUGCUCAAUGACGUGCACUGCGCCGCUUUUGUGGCCUACCCCUGGACGUCGCUGCUCAACAUGUCGAACGCGUCCGCUCUCCAGGUCGCUUAUACCGCCGACGUCUGCCCGCUCUACACAACCCACGGCAAGGCGUGCAUUGAGACAGUAGUCGCGCCGACGAUCGCGAGGCUUUUCGAAGCGGCCGGUGGCUGCUGCGACCCGUUCGAGGCAGUGCUGCAGAGCAACUACUCGGUCGACAAUGCGACGCAGCUCGUGCGCAAAGGCACCAGUUUGUUCUUCUCGGCGCUCUGUGCACCCGCACCGGCGUGUGCGUCGUCGACCCCGUGUACGUCGGCGCUGCUCGCGCAACUGGCCCCGCCUCUUGUCUCGACGGCGUGGUUUGAACCGAUUCUGUGGUCACUGCAAGUGAGUUCGAGCCAAGUGAGUGCGCUCUGGGCCGGCGAGACGGUGGUGACGACGUCGGGCCGGUCCUUCUCCUUGUACAAUGCGACAAACUGUGCACUCGAUGGCUGCGGCGACGCAUGGAAUGCGCUGUGGUCCUGGCUCGCGACGUUUCCGGUCUGGUCGACGUACCCCAUGACACAGGACAACUUGUCCAACCUCUUUGCGCCCAACGCGUCGCUGUGCGUCGAGGGUCCGCAUCUGCUGCAGCUGGCCAACGACAUUCUCGACAUGUGGCACCCGUGGCCCCUGUCGUGGUCGUGGCUGCGCUCGUGGACGAGCGCGUUGUACAGCAACUUGGACUACAUAUUUUCGACUUGGAUGGACAACCAGUGCUACCACAUUCCUUUUCGCAGCCCAGCGCCGACGGCAACCAGUAGUACUCCUCUACCAAGUGUCAACAGCUCGACGAAUGCCACGGCCUCAGGCAGCGGCUCGGGCUCGUUCGACACCAUUACAGCACCGCCAGUGACCGCGAGCUCCAGUGGUAGCGGUACGGCACCGCCAGCAUCGACCACAGAGCUACCCCGCGCGACGCAAGAAGCGUCAUCGACGUCGGGAAGCAGCUCGUCAGUGGCCGACGCGCCGCCACCGACAACGACGGAGCCUGUAGCGGCAAAUCCACCGGCAGGAGCGGGCAGUAGCUCUGCCGUCACCGAGACGCCAACGCCGACGCCAGCGCCUGCACCGACGGAGCCUGUAGCCGCAAAUCCACCGGCAGGAGCGGGCAGUAGCUCUGCCGUCACCGAGACGCCAACGCCGACGCCAGCGCCUGCACCGACGGAGCCUGUAGCCGCAAAUCCACCGGCAGGAGCAGGCAGUAGCUCUGCCGUCACCGAGACGCCAACGCCAACGGACGGCAACUGAGCACAGCGCUCAACCCCACUUCCCACCGUGACUCCAUCAAUAAUCCAUAUUUUCUCUUGCGUAUCGUCAA